UUCAAAUUUCAAAUUCAAACCCAAACCCCGCCCCAAAUCAUCCCUAAUAACAACACAUUUCUCUCUCUCUUGAUCAGUGUUCAUCACAAAAUAUAAAUUUUGUCUCUUCUCUCUUCCAAGUUCAGAUAUUUAUCAAAUGGGUGGUUCAGGAAAGUGGCUUAAGCUACUAAUCGGUCAUAAGAAGCCCCAGGAUCAGAAGAUCGAACAAGAGAAGAAAUCGAGUGGUAAAGGAAAGAAGUGGCGGCUAUGGAGGACUGCUUCGGAAGGAAAUCAGCAAACCAAUCGGGUCGGAUCAAACAUUUCAUCAUCUGGAUCCGAUGGAGGUCUUGCUUCCGCCAUGGCUACAGUUCUCCGAGCUCCUCCUAAAGAUUUCAUAGCUUUCAGACAAGAAUGGGCUGCCAUCAGAAUCCAGACUGUGUUCCGCGCUUUCCUGGCAAGACAGGCUUUGAGAGCGUUGAAGGCAGUAGUGAGAUUACAGGCUAUCUUUAGGGGACGUCAAGUAAGAAAGCAAGCAGCUGUUACUUUGAGAUGUAUGGAAGCUCUUGUAAGAGUUCAGGCCAGAAUUAGGGCCAAUUCCGCCAUUUCCAGGUCUGAUCAGACUACAGACAGAGCAAGCAGUAACACUGAUCCAAUCAAAUUGGCAGAGGAUGGAUGGUGUGAUAGCCAUGGAACAGUUGAACAAGUUAAGUCAAAACUUCAAAUGAAGCAACAAGGAGCUAUCAAGAGAGAAAGAGUAACCGCCUACUCCCGUUCUAAACAGGUUAGGGAUUGGAUUGGAUUUGGAUUGAAAAGAAACUAG